AUGUAUCAAGCGAUUGUUAAAGAUCGAAUUUCUUUAUGUGACAAUGAUACAAACAAUUUAUUGGCAACAGUGCACUCGCUUGGCGCCGAACUUGAUAAAGAACUCACGAGUGUUAUGACAAAAAUAUCUGUGCAUGAAUGCGAGUUGCCGACCAAGCUGGCAAAAUUAAAGGAGCUCCGGGAGGAGUUGCUUUCUUACCGGAAACAAAUUGUUGAGCUCAGAGACGAACAUGCUCGACAGAAAAACGCCAUAGUGGAUUUGCUCAAGGAAUCUUUUGAGGUAGAUGCUCUAACAAAUCUCAUGAGCCAUCAAACCGAACUAAAUAAUCUUAAGGCCAUUGCAAGCUUGGUAAAUAAAAUUGCACUCUGUAAAACCUUAAUAAAAGGAAAUAGCGAGGAUUCAUUCAAAGUUUUUUUAGAAAUAUUAGCUGACGAGGCGGAACUUGAGAUUGUUGAUGUUCAGGAAUGCAUCAAGAUUAAAAAAGAAGUCGAAACACUGGCCGAGGAGAUUUAUCAAGUUGCUCUUGGGGCGUUUGAAAAGAACCUUGAUUCUUUGGGAUACCCAUUUGAUAUUGCAGUGGAUUGGGGAGCUAGCUCAUCAAAAGGGCAACUUAUGAAAGCAAUCAAAGUGGCCAUUCUUUCAAAGGAUCAUUGCAAUAGCUCUGGCGUCGAGGCUGUAAUGGAUGUCGUUUUUCAACGAUUUCGUAAACGCUUUCAUUAUCAUUUCUAUGGAGCUAGGAAAACGAAUGAUUCGUCACAUCCUGAAUGGUAUUUUCAGCAACUAAUACAAUGGAUUCUUCAUUCUUUGCCCUUCUUCACGUCAAUUUUCAAUGAGUUCUGCGCAAAUAAGCUUAAUGCCUCUGAAGAAUUUAUUCAACAUAUUUCGACUUUGGCAAACGCCAAAACAACGGAUCUUCUCUCCCAAACAACCGUAGUAGCAGACACUCUCCUGUUUUCACAUAUUAUUGACGAAGCUAUCAACUUUGAGAGGAUGCGUUCAACAUACGAUCCCAAAAACAAAGGCGAAUCAGCUCUCAAACCUUUUUGUGAAGAAGAUGUCAUUCGGCGAUGGACAAAUAUCGAACAAACGGUAUGCAGUGCUCGGCUCGAUGAAAUUUUGCACGGUGAUUCGAAAUUUGAAGACCGCUUCAGCAAAGAAUUGGGAUCUUUGGACGAUUAUCGUGUUGUUGAAUGCGCAGAUGCGUUUGUUGCACUGUUAACAGAUCUUGGUCAAAGGGCUCAAAUGCUACCGGAGGAAAGCGCAACUAGAAGGAUAAUUUCGGUGAUCGUGGUACUGGUAGAUGAAUUUCGUGCACGACUUGCUCAAAUAGCUCGAUUCAUUGAUGUUCCACUUAACAAUACAUUCUUAUGUGUGAUGAAUUCCAUAUGGUAUCUUGCUUGUGUUUUCGAAGAAUGGUCGGACUCACUUAGUUUUACCGAUCAUCUAGGUCCUCUCAAAGAAUCGGCAAAGAUGUAUAGAUUUAUGUGGAUACAAAUGUGUGAUGAGCUUGUUAAGCACAUCUGCGAUUCUUUUGCAUCAUAUUUGACCGAUUAUAAACGACAAAAUUGGUUAAGCCCCAACUACAGUGAAGGAAUUUCUCCUCACUUUUGCUCUGGCUUACACAAUCUUCGUUCAAAUCUUACUGCGUGCAGCACAGUUUUGUCACCAUCAUCAUUUGAUCGAUUUUUUAUGGGUUUGAUCAAGGCUAUCGUUGAUAUCAUGGAGAUCGAUGUCAUCUUUUCAUGCAAAUUUUCGCAACCAGGCGCUCAGGCAAUGCUAACUGAUAUAAACGAUUAUCUUUUGCCUGUUUUACGUUCCAUUUCUUCCCGCACUAAAACUACCGAGGAAGAAGCUACUGGGCACGUUUUAUCAACUAGUUCAUGGGAAGAUGUUCUUCAACCUGUGCUAGAGAUAUUGCGCUUUCUUGCGCUAUCGUCAUCUCAGUUGCAGAGUUUCUCUCAAUCUUUGGAAAACCAACCUGAAGAGUUGAUUGAUGAACGUUUAAAAUUGCUGAAUUUCAACAUAGAGCAUUUUGUUAGUUCAGGAGAAAAGGAAAAAACAAAAGAGCUAUUACUGGUGCUCUUGGAAAAUUCUGGAUGGAUGAGCGAGAUUCACAAUUUGUGCCGACAAUUUCUCCUUAAAAAUGGAGUAGAAGUUACCGUUGACGAAAUGUACAACAGUUUGAAAGGUCCCGCGAGAAAGGCCGUUUCCGAAGAAGUCAAACGAAAACUUUUCGAUUUGAUUCGAGAAUUUGUUAUCCGGUAUGGCGAAAUUGAGGAUCUU